CUUUCAAAGAACUUUUUACAUUCAAAAUAAUAUAAAAAGAUUGAUUUUUAAAUUUAAAUCAAUGGCUGAAUUUUAGUGUUUUAUUGAAAGAUUUAAGUAAAAUGAUGCUGACUUUAAAUCUCUAUAUCAAAAAUUGAAGGAUUAAUAAGAAGAAUGUGUCAAUAAUGUGAAUAAAAUAAGUUCCCAAGUACCUGACUACAAGGAUUUAAUUGGCUAUGAUAAGUGCUAUAAAGAUAAGAAGGAUUUUGAUGAAUAUUUUUAAGCAUAUUCUAAUCAGUUUGUAGAAAAAGGUAUAGAAAUUUGCUAGAAAUCGAUUGAAGAUGAAAUAAAUAAUCAAAAAUAGUAAGGCGAGGCAAAAAAAAAUUGUUUAUAAUUUUAUUACAAUAAUCUCCUGGUUUUCAAAGAUAAUACAGUUAAAAAGUUAUAAAAUUUAGUCGAGAAAACUUCUAUGAAUUAACUUUGAGAGGAAUAAUAUAUGUGACAUAAAAUGAUUCCUUAAAAUAACAUAGAUUAUAGACAAAUUCAUGGUGUUUAGAAUUAAUUAUUAUGAUCAGAUUAAAAAAAAUAGAAUUACUUUUUAUCUAUUUUAAAAGAAAAUAUUGUUAAAUUUUUGUUAAAUCUCUUUGUAAUUUUUCAUGUUUUUAUUUUAUCAGCAAUGGAAUCUUAAUGGAAGCUUGUUACGUUGUUGGAAA